CCUGCCUACAAUUUAGCCCACGCUGUAGCUGAGAGAGACAGGCGUGCAAUCAGAACCAGAAUUUAACUUCAAGUUCAUGGUGAAUUAUUGGAUAGAUGUUGGAGCAUCCAUAGCUUAUUACGUGGGACACUUUUCUCCCCCUGGAAGUUUCAUUUGGACUGUGUGUGAAAGGGUUCUUGCAAGCGAUUUGAAUGAGACUGAGGGCUUUAAUGAAAUGUCAGACUGCUCGGAUUGUUUAGUUUGUAUCCAAGUAAAAGAACAGUCAAAGGAAAGAAUGGCACCUUAGUGGUACCCUGGGCUGCAUUUAGCUGCGUUUGGCAUAUUACUUAGGUUUCUGAGCUGCUGGCUGUUGUCUGAAAUAAAACGUACUGAAUAAAUUGUGUGGAUUAAAUGGUAACACGGAAAGAGAACGGAGAAAGACCACUUUCUCCCUUUCCUACUGAUCUAGGGAGCUAUUUCACCCCACUUCUUUUUAUAACUGAUUUAUUUAUUUUUUUUAUCACUUCCCGUCCCCUAUAACUGAUAAUUUUUAAUUUACAGCCCAGUUGUUGCUGAUUCCUGGAAGGAUACAUCUACAUUUUUGUUUCAAGGAAACUUAGAGACACAAAAUGGAACAGAGCAACAACAAAGAGGGCCACGGUGUGGUGGGUGGUCAUGUUGAUCUUCCCGUCAAGAAGGUGAUUAAUUUUUCCCCUCCGCUAUACAGACAGCGUUACAGCUUCGUUAACGACCUAGUGAAUCAGCACAAACCCAAGAAGGUGGCAGACUUGGGGUGUGGCAAUGCUUCCCUCAUACAGAUGAUUAAAUCGCACAGUUGCCUGGAACUGAUUGUUGGAGUAGAUAUCAAUAAAGAUAAAAUAGGAUCGCAAAGGUGUAGACUGUCUCCAUUCUCGGGGGAGUACCUAAGCCCCCGGGACCUGAAUCUGUCGAUCAUCUUGUACCACGGCUCUGCUGUGGAGAGAGAUUCUCGUUUGCUUGGAUUUGACUUAGUCACGUGUAUCGAGUUAAUAGAACAUUUGGAUUCUGAGGACCUGGCCAGGUUUCCCGAAGUCGUGUUUGGGUACCUGUCUCCAGCCAUGGUUGUCAUCAGCACGCCCAACUCGGACUUCAACCCCCUGUUCCCGGCAGUGACCUUGAGAGAUUCAGAUCACAAAUUUGAGUGGAACAGGAAGCAGUUUCAGACCUGGGCCUUAGGGGUGGCAGGCUUCUACAAUUACUCCGUGGAGUUUACUGGCGUGGGGGAGCCACCGGAAGGAGCUGGGCAUGUUGGCUACUGUACCCAGAUAGGGGUCUUCCGGAAAGUCGGAGCGCCGGCCACGGAAUCGUGCGUGGCAGAGCAGUGUGGUCAGCACGUUUAUAAGAUUGUUUAUUCCGUUUCAUAUCCGAGUUUACAGCAAAAGGAAGUCCGCAAACUCGCAUUAGCAAAUGAGGUGUCUCGGCAAGUCCAAAGCAUGAGGCAUAGAUACGUCUCCAGCCUGAGGAUCCUACAGCGCGGCGAUGGGAACGGCCACCAGGUCAGCGACACCGGGCUCGUCACCUUCUCUGGACCAGUCUUCACAGAACUUGAGAAACGCAAAAUCGAGAAGUCUCCCGAACCGUUCCGCUUUGGGAAUAAGCUGUACGUCCCGCUGGAAAGGCUGCUCGCUUAUCCCAAGGUGAACCGCCUGUGUGACAGCGUGGACACGAUGCGAGCGCUCAUCGCCGACACGGUGAGGCUGAGCAGGGACGGGUCCGCCGUGAAGGUCGACCUGCGCGACGCGAGUCCGUGAGCCGCCCGUCCUGAGAGUCGGGGUCUCAGCCAAGGGAGAGCUCGCCGAGGACGCUCUCCUGUAGCCAUUAUUCAAGUAACUUAGUUUUGAGAUUACUUGACACGUUGUUGUUGUUGUUGUUUUUUAAUACGCUUGUUUUGUUUGGGAGUGUUUGUAGAGAGUUCCUGAUAUGCUUGGUUUUUGUUGCUGUUGGCAUUAAAGAAUGUUAAAGAAAAUUGAGCGUUUACAACUUUUUCCCAGGGGGUAAGGGUAGCUUUAAAGUCUCUCUAGG